ACACCGCAACGGAAUUUCUUCCUGAAACGGUUUCGUCUCUGUCUCACAGGUCCUUUCUUCCUUCAGUAAAGCUCGUUUUCUAGAUCAUAAAAGAUCAAUCUCUCUCCCUCUUACACGGCAAUGGCGGCAGCAGGGAGAAGACAUGGCCUCGUCAUGGCGUCGAAUCUCCUCCAAACCCUAACGGCUUCUUCUGCAUCUCGUCUUCCUUCGAAUUCCAGAAAUCUCAGUCUUGUCAGAAGCCAUAUUAGCAAUCACACUGCCAAAUGGAUGCAGGAUACAAGUAAGAAAUCACCAAUGGAAUUGAUCAGUGAAGUUCCACCCAUCGAGGUGGAAGGAAGAAUUGUUGCCUGUGAAGGAGACAACAAUCCUGCACUGGGGCACCCAAUUGAGUUCAUAUGCCUUGACCUGAAAGAGCCAGCUGUAUGCAAGUAUUGUGGGCUUCGCUAUGUUCAGCAUCAUCAUCACUAGCCUUGUGUCGAGGGUUUAUCUUUUGAGAUGAAUUCCUGGGAUGGCCAUGCAGAGCAAAGACUCCCGUUUGGGUUUUUUCCCCUGAUGGAAUUAAUAUAUGCUAUGUUUCUUUUAUUUGUCAUUUGUGCCAAAUGGUUUUCAUGCUCAUCACAAGUCAAUAAAUACAAUGUGACUGAUCAAUCUACUCUUACGAGGUAAAGUUUAUUCAAUCCUGCUUGCGCAUCACGUUUAUUCA